GCACCAUAGAGCUGAAAGGGGAAGCGGAAGCGCGCGAGGUGGCGAUGAGGCGGCUGAGGUGGCAGCGGCGGGAGCGCGGCCGGGCGGGAGCCGCUGUCUCCCCCCGCGGCCCCGACGCGGAGCUCGGGGCCGGCCGCGCCCGCGGCCUGCGCGCACACGGGCCGCCCUGCCCCCCGGGGACACCGCCGCCGCGGGGGCCGCGCCGCUGCCCGCCCCGCGCCGCCUGACGCGCCCGACGCCCCGCGCCUGCCAUGUCCCGCGGCUGCCGGCGCCCUGGGCCUCGGAGCGGCUCCGGGGGCCUGUCCCGGCCGUAGCGGGCCCGCCGCGGCCGCGCUCCCCCCCGCCGGGCGCCGCCAUGCGCCUGGCCGCGCUGCUGGCCGCGCUGCGGCCCGUGCUGCCGCUGCUGCUGGGCCUGUCGCUGGGCUGCAGCCUGAGCCUGCUGCGGGCCUCCUGGAGCCAGGCCGCCGGCGAGGACGCCUGCCCGGCGGCGGCGGGGCGGCCCGGGCCGCCCGGCGGCGGAGCAGGGCCGGAGGCAGCGGGCGAGGGGCCGGGCCAGGACCGCGAGGACUUCAGGCCCAGGAUCGUGCCGUACUACAGGGACCCCAGCAAGCCGUACAAGAAAGUGCUCAGAACUCGCUACAUUCAGACAGAACUGGGAUUCCACGAGAGACUCUUUGUGGCUGUGCUGACCUCCAAAACUACCUUGAAUACGCUGGCGGUGGCAGUGAACAAGACGGUGGCCCACCACUUCCCACGCCUGCUGUACUUCACGGGGUUGCGCGGCGCCAAGGUGCCCCACGGCAUGGUGCUGGUGGCCCACGGGGAUGAGCGUCCCAUCUGGCUGAUGUACGAGACCAUGCAUUACAUCCACCAGCACUUCGGUUCUGACUACGACUGGUUCUACAUCAUGCAGGAUGAUACCUACGCGCAGGCAGAGCAGGUCAAGGCUCUGGUGACGCACCUGAGUAUUAACCAGGAUGUCUACCUGGGGCGAGCGGAGGAGUUCAUCGGGGGAGACGAGCAGGCCCGCUACUGCCACGGCGGCUUUGGCUACCUGCUUUCCCGCAGCCUGCUGCUGAAGCUCCACCAGCACCUGGACAGCUGCCGGAAUGAGAUCCUGAGCGUGCGCCCGGAUGAGUGGCUGGGACGCUGCAUCAUUGAUUUCCUUGGCAUCGCUUGUGUUUCCCAGCUCCAGGGCCAGCAUUAUCACACCUACGAACUGGCCAAAAACGCCGAGCCGGAGAAGGAGGACGAGGAGGAGUUCCAAGCAGCUCUUGCUGUGCACCCUGUUCCUGAUGUGACGCUCAUGUACCGGCUGCACAAGCGCUUCAGCAGGAUCCAGCUGGACAGAGCCUACCAGGAGAUCCAGGACCUCCAGAUGCAGAUCAGGAACCUGACAUCACUGACCCCCGCAGGCAAGGCAGGCUUGACGUGGCCUGUGGGCAUUAACGCCCCGUUUCUUCCCAAGUCCCGUUUUGAGGUAAUCAGCUGGGACUACUUCACCGAGCAGCACCUCUUCUCCUGUCCUGAUGGUUCCCCGAAGUGUGAGCUCUCUGGAGCCAGCAAAGCAGAUGUCAGUGAUGUUAUUGAGUCAGCACUUGAGCAACUUAACAGCCGCUACCAGCCUCUGCUCCGCUUCAGCAAGCGGCAGUUGCUGAACGGCUAUCGGCGCUUUGACCCCACGCGGGGCAUGGAAUAUACACUGGAUCUCUUGCUGGAGGCGGUGACCCAGAAGGGUCACAGUCACAUUCUGGUCAAACGAGUGAGCUUGGUGCGGCCCCUCAGUAAGGUGGAAAUUAUUCCCAUGCCGUAUGUAACGGAGGCCACGCGGGUGCAGCUGGUGCUUCCCUUGACCGUGCAGGACCUCGACUUUGUGGCAAACUUCCUGGACAUGUUUGCUAUGAACACGCUGGACACCCACGACAAUGCCUUGCUGACCCUGCUUUUCAUCUACCAUCCCUACGAUGCCCAGAGAGUCAGCCAAGUGGAUGUUUUCGCUGGAGUCAAAGCUAUGGUAGGAGAGCUGGAGAAACGCUAUGCAGAAGUUAAAAUCCCCUGGAUUAGUGUCAAAACUGAGGUGCCAUCUCAAGUGAAACUCAUGGAUAUAGUGUCAAAGAAGCAUCCUGUGGACACCCUGUUCUUCCUGGCCAGCGUGUGGACAGAAAUCAACACGGAGUUCCUGAACCGCUGCCGCAUGAAUACCAUCAGCAAUUGGCAGGUCUUUUUCCCAGUGCAUUUCCAAGAGUUCAACCCUGCUUUGGUGUACCGUGGGGAGCAGGCUGCUUCCUCCAGCACCGACUUCCUGAGGGAUGGGCACUUUGACAGACAUUCCUUUGCUGAAGCCUGCUUUUAUAACUCUGACUAUAUGACAGCACGUACCAAGCUAGCAGCGGAUAUCCUAGACCGGGAUGAGGUGCUGGAGAGCAUGGAGGUCUUUGAUGUCUUCCUCCACUAUUCUGGUCUGCACCUAUUUCGGGCUGUGGAACCAGGGUUAGUGCAGAAAUAUGCAUUGAGGAGCUGCAACCCGCGACUGAGUGAGGAGUUGUACCAUCGCUGUAUGCUCAGUAACUUGGAGGGACUUGCAUCUCGCUCACAUUUAGCCAUGGCCCUCUUUGAGCAGGAACAGGCCAACAGCACUUGAGAGACUGGAGACAUCAAGAGCUUCUUAGCACCUUAACACUUGGCACUUUCCACCCUCUUCCCAGCCUGGCCGUGGGAGAAGGGCAUGAGAGGUCAAGAGAAGAGGGAGACUUUCACAGCCUCGCUCGGAGGCACAGGCAUGGGCUGUGGAGAGAGGCUGUUUGUUUUUUAAAAAUAAAUAAAAGUUUCUUUCCAAGCAGA